UACGCCACAAUACUAACCUAAUUGACAGAGUGAAAAGAAGGAAGCCUGUACAGAAUUUAAAAUAUUUAAAACAUGCAUCCUGUUUGCAACAAGGCACUAAAGUAAUACUGCAAAAAAUGUGGCAAAGCAAAUAUGUUUGGGGCAAAUUCAAUACAACACUUUACUGAGUACCACUCUUCAUAUUGUAAAGGAUGGUGGUGGCUGCAUCAUGUUAUUGGUAUGCUUGUAACCGCUAAGAACUUGGAGUUUUUCACAAUAAAAAAAUAAAUGGAGUUAAGCACAGGCAAAAUCCUUGAGGAAAAACUGGUUGUCUGUUUUCCACCAGACACUGGGCGAUGAAUUCACCUUUUAGCAGGACAAUGACCUUAAACUGGCUAAAUCUACACCGAAGCUGUUUACCAAGAAGACAGUGAAUGUUCCUAAGUGGCUGAGUUACAGUUUUGACAUAAAUCUGCUUGAAAAUCUAUGGUAAGACCUAAAAAUGGUUGUCUUGAAGAAAUUUGAAAGGAAUAAUGGACAAAUGUUGCACAAUCCAGGUGUGGAAAGCUCUUAGACUUACCCAGAAAGACUGACUGUAAACGCUGCCAAAGGUGAUCCUAACAUGAACUGAAUACUUAUCUAAUCAAGAUAUAUUUGUUUUGUUUUUCAUAAAUGUUUUACAAAUUUUAGAAUUUGUCUUGCACUUUGACAUUAGAGUAUUUUGUGUAGAUAUUUGACAAAAAAACAAUACAAUUAAAUCAAUUUUAAUCCCACGUUUUAACACUACAAAAUGUGGAAAAAGUCAAGGGGUGUGAAUACCUUUUUGAAGGCACUGUAUUUCUAUAUUGCAAUUUUGCUGCAUUUUACAGAACAUUUACUGAACAUAAAAUGUAGGCUAAUUGGACUUACUUGCACAAAUCUUGAGCAUAGCUGAUAUUGUUGGUGAUGGUAGAAAAUUAAGGGAUCAUGCAGUCUUAUGAAACUUCUACAGUAUAUAUGUAUUUGUGUGUGUGUGUUGGUCAUUAAGUGGUCUUUGUUUUGUUUUUGUGUAUUUAGCUGAGGGAUGACAUCGCUGCCUAUUGGCGUGGUCCUCUGCCUAACAGGCUGGAUCACUCUCUACAAACUACUGUGUAAUAACAAUGAAAGCCGUGGGUUUGAGUGGAACUGUAGGCUGGUCACACUGCUCCAUGGCAUCCUGGCGGUCUGCAUAACAGCAUACAUAGGCUAUGUGGAAGGACCUUGGCCCUUCACACAUCCAGGCACAAAGAACACCCCCCUUCAGAUCAGUGCUAUGGUCAUUAGCCUGGGCUACUUCAUCUUCGAUAUGGGCUGGUGUGUUUAUUUCCGCACAGAGGGCCCGGUGAUGCUGGUCCACCACACCAUGAGCAUUCUGGGUAUCUUGUUGACCCUGAGCUUGGGAGAAUCAGGCAUCGAGUCCUGCGCCGUAAUCUUUGCUAGCGAGAUCACCAACCCCUUGCUGCAAGCUCGCUGGUUCCUGAGACAGUUGGGUCGCUAUGAGAGCCUGACAGGGGAGGUGGUGGAUGUUCUGUUCGUGGUGCUAUUUGUGUUCAUGCGCAUAGUGGUUGGCGGGAGGAUGUUGUACUGCGAGCUCAUCUCCCCACGGCCCAGGUUAAUUAUAAAGUGUGGGGGAGUUGCCAUGUACGUGCUAUCCUGGGUGUUCAUGGUGGACAUUGGUCGUUUUACCUACCGCAAGAGUCAAUCCAAAUACAGACGCUGGAGAGACCAACACAGAUUGGCAGCAGUUAACGGACAUGUCGGAAAGACAGACUGAAAGACUUCCUUAUCAUUAGAAGAUUAAUAAAAAAAUCCAAUGUUUAUACUAAUAGACAACCUUUAUACAUUUAAUGGUUGUGUAAGCAUGGGGUUAAAGUCAACCCAUUAUUUAGACCUAUAUGGUUAUAUGGGAAUAUUUGUUGGUAUUUAGCUAACACUUGUAAAAAAAUAAUUAAAAAAAAUAAACAAGUGCAAGCAUCUUCAAAAAUUUACAACUGUAGCAAAAACAAUUGAGACAGUUUGUCUUUUGAAACCAAAUGACCUAGUGCCAAUAUGAUGAACAGAUGUAUUUCACAACCUAUUUACAAUUAACUGUAACCUAAUAGUAUGUUCUUCUAACCUUGUAUCCAGCAAUAAGUUGACUAUUGGGAAAUGGACACAUAACAUUCCCUAAUCCUCAUAGGUUAGGCCACACUUUUUUGAGGCAGUGAAAUUGAACCGAAACUGUUUCUAUCCUUUUGCAGUAUUUUGUUGUAUGCAGUAGUUUUUCUGCAGAAAUUCUACUUUUGAUAAAUAUUUUGCAAUGUUUUGAGUAAAAUUUUUCUAAUUUGAAUUGUAGGACAAUUUAUAAGCCAUUUAAAAACGUUCCAUUUAGUUUUUAGGAAGAUGUUUAUUAAUGCUCGCUGAGAUUGCGGUGUUUUAGAUAUAUCUAUCUAUCUAACAUAAAACUCAGUAAAAAGCUACAUGUUUCUUGUGAUAACUGUCUUUCCAUUUAGCUAAAAUAAGGGUUUUUCAUUAAAGUGCACAGCAACAACAAAUCCGUAACGAUCAGUAACACGUGGAACAAAGUAAUUGUGUACAUACUGUAAUAGUAUGUUUUGUGGUAUUUCAUUGCUUGAUUGGGUGUAUAUUAGUCAUUGUAAAUUAGUUUAAAAUACCAAUUGGUAAACAACAAUUUGUGCUAAAUGUUGUGUGCAUGGUAUUGCUUAAAAUGUUCCAGUAUGAUGCCAAGUCACAUUUCCCAAUAUUGUAUGCAUUCAUAUUUGAAAUUCACUACUUUUCGAUGAAAUAUUUCAAUCUGGUGCCUAAGUAGUUAGACAAUGUGGAAUGGUAUGUCAACAUUCACCAGCCCUGUGUCUUAGUUAAAAAUACCAAUGGGUAAACGAUGAUUUGUGCUAAAUGUUUGUGCACUGUAUUGCUUAAAAUGUUCCAGUAUAAUGCUAGAAGGUCACAUUUCCCAAUAUUGUAUGCUUUCAUAUUUGAAAUUAACUACUUUUAUAUGAAAUAUUUAAAUAUGGUGCCUAAAUAGUUACAGUAUGUGGAAUGGUAUGUCAACAUUCACUACCAUUGUGUCUGUGAUAAGGGAGAAUAAUAUGUGUGCCUUUGUGACUUUAUACGUGUUCAAAUGUAAUGUUUACUUUUGUGUGUUCAAUAAAUACCCUGAAUACAGAGCUGGUAUAGAAACAUGUGCUGUAAGAUAUUACAUAUAUUUGGCCUAUAUAGUAUAAAAUAUUUAUUAGAAAAAUUUGAAAUUAUACUUUUUUUUUUACUCAGGGAAAUACUACUUUGCCACUUGUUAGAAUUUACUUUAAAUGAGUUAUGUUAAUUGUAUUACAACAUCUUUAAAGGUAUACUAGCCUACAUUGCUUUCAAAAAAUGUGUGUAGCCUUGUCCCGUACUGUAGGGUAGACUUAUUGCGCUAUAGCCAUCAGAGUGCUCUGUGCUUGAAGUAUUCAAAUUGUCCACAUGGUGGAAUUUGUAAAUCAAAAAUCCUCCAAAAUACUGUACUAGAGUGCUCAACCAAAAAUGUUACGUUUGAACACGUUUUGCUGUCAAAUGCCAUAACCAUUUAACACUGUUAAGUGUUAUGAUUUAUGAUUGUUAUAGCAGGAAAUUAUUGUACUUUUAUUAACUGGUCAUUUUAAUGGGAUAGUUCACUCACAAAUUAAAGUUUGUCAGAAGUUGUCUGACCCCAAAA